AAAUUAAUAAUUCCACGCUGUCGAGGUGGAUAAUAUAUUUACAUUAUUGGGAAUCAGCCAAGAGACAAUCCAUGACUUUCCAAAAUGGCAUUAACAAUGUAUGCGUAUUAUGAUCACAUAAUGUUUGUCAUGGCAACCAAUGACCAGCUCAAGAAAUCUGCAACUGGUGUAGCAAAACAGACUGCAUGGACAGCUAGUGGUUCAGUGGUUGGAGGUGUAGUGGGUGGUCCUGCGGGAGCACUGGUGGGUGCAGUGUUAGGAGCUGCAAUCGGUUAUUGGAGUGCUGAGGAUUAUGAAGCAACAAUUACAGUUUUAAAAAAUCUUAAUGAUGAAGACAAGCAAGAACUGGUAAAAAGGGUUCAAAUGAUGGUAGGAAGCACAGGAUUGGACGCUCUAACAGAUUGGCUCAAAAUUUCAACCAAUCAUAGAAUAUUCAUAGAAGCUGUGCGUGCUAUUAUUUCUAAAGCCACUCAGAAGUGA